AUGCCCCUGUUAAAGCAAAGGAACGAAUCUAAGUUUACGUAUAAGAAUUUGCUUGACCUGAAUGAUCCAACCAAAAGUUAUAAAAGCCCACUCUCGGUUAUUGGACAUGUUGAUCUUAACGCGUUUUUUGCCCAGUGUGAACAGUUAAGGUUAGGGCUUUCAGAUGACGAUCCUGUAGUUUGUGUGCAAUGGACCACCAUUAUUGCGGUUUCUUAUGCAGCAAGGGAGUAUGGAAUCUCACGAUCAGACAAAUUGGAGCAAGCAAAGCUAAAGUGUCCGAAUAUUAUUGCCGCACACACUGCUGUUUUUAAAAAGGGAGAGCCAUUUUGGAGAUACCUGGAUCACCAUCCCUCUCCUAUAGAUCAUAAGGUCUCUCUUGACCCAUAUCGUAGAGAAGGCAAAAAAGUUUUGCGGGUUUUCCAAGAAGAAUGCGAUUUGGUUGAAAAGGCCAGUGUUGAUGAAAGUUUUAUGGAUUUUGGUAGGCUAGUUUUCCAAAAGAUAAUCAAAUAUUAUCCCGAUAUUUUUAGAUCCAUGCAAAGCAGUUCUGAGAGGCUACCCCCUCUAAAAGAGUUACCCACUGGUUUGGAAUACAAAGGCUAUAUUAUUAGUAAAAAGAUUGAAGAGGAAAAUGGACACGGUGAGGUGGAUGAAGAACAUCAGUACGUGGUUGAAGAUUGGGAUGAUCUCGUGAUGUUGCUUGGCUCAAGCAUAUGUUAUGAAUUGAGGAAAAAAGUCGAAGACCGUCUUGGCUAUAAAACUUCUGGUGGUGUUGGGAGGGUUAAGACAAUAGCCAAACUUGCAAGUGGAUUCAAAAAGCCUAAUCAGCAAACGAUUGUUAGAAAUGAUGCUAUUCCUCAAUUCUUAAAAUUCUUCAAAUUAUCUGAUUUCUGGUCCUUUGGUGGGAAAACGGGUAAGUAUGUCCUUGACAGGCUUGAUACGGAGUCUAUUGAUUAUAUCAGAAAUGUGUAUGACUCACCAGCUAAAUUAUCCAAAAUAUUAGAAAGUAACAAGGAUUUAGCUUCUCGAGUUUACAAAAUUGUUAGGGGUGAGCUGGCGGACAAGGUGGAAAAUAAAGAAGUCAUCAAGUCUAUGAUGUCUAACAAAAACUUUGUGGGAAAUAAUGUCAGGAAUACUAAUGAUCUAUUAUCGUGGGUACGAGUUUUUGUGGGAGAACUUAUUCUCAGAAAUAAAGAUUUAGAUGAAGAAGUGGGGGCAACACUUCGACCUACGAAAAUGACGAUAUCAGCUUUAAACAGUAGGGGUGUACGACAUUCAAAACAAUUAACAAUGAAUCAACUUCCUAAAGAUUUUGAGGAGCUGACAAAGGUUUACGAGAAGUUAUCAAAAGAGUUAGUAAGUAUGCUGGAAGAGACUUGGAGCUUGUUAUCUCCUGGUAUAAAAAUGUACCCUUUGAGCAAUUGUUUUUUUGGUGUGUCUUUAUUCAAAGAUAUAAACUCGGUAAAUACAUUAGACGAUUUAAUGGUCACUGUAAAGAAAAGAAAACUUGAUCCAGGAGUUGCUAACAAAAGCAGUAGCCACUGUGAUCACAGAAUAGAGCAAUGCCAAACCACAAGCGCUACAAUUGAUACUCUGAUUGCAAGAAGGAGGGAUGACUCCCCAUUCAAUCUUGAGAAUAAGGGGCUACCUUCAGGGAGAAUAAGCAAUACUUUAUCGAAACAAAUGAAGGAGGAAAAGAGUAUUAUUGAUCUUUUCUCAAAACUGAAAGAUGAUAAAUCGUGCAACAACACCUCUAAUGUUGAGCCUGGGGUGGGGUCAUCGAUGGAUUAUCAGGAUACACAAAAUAGUAAUCAAAGAGAUUGUUCAGAGUGUGGGGAAGUAAUAGAAGCCUCCGAUUGGCAAGAACACACAGACUAUCAUGUUGCCCUUGAGCUUAGUCUGAAGCUUAAUAAAGAUCAAGAAGAGAGUUAUGGUGAGAAGCUGUUAAAGAAAAGGGGUACCCGAACCCAAGUUGGAAAGAAGUCGUUUAAGAAAUUUGAUAAAUCACAAAUGAAAUUACCAUUCUGA